AUGGGCACCUACUCAAUGUUCUAUGUGGGCUUGAUCAAUUCGUACCAGAAUCCGGCGCAAUCGAAUGCGGAAGCGUUGGCGCCGGAGUGGCGACCACAGGCGCUCGACCGCCCAGAAGCUAGACCAGCAACUGAUUCUGAGCACAGGGUACAACGAUCUCCUUCUCCAACGAUGCCAAGCGUUCCACCUUCGCAAGAAGUGACGCAUUCGUCUGCUCAAUGGCUAGAAGCCGUUCCGACAGGUAUGCGACCCCAGCGUGAUGCUCAGCAAAGUCCCAGUCGCAACGAACCUCAUCCUCAAGUGCUCGAAAAGCAUCACGAGUCACCGAACGGCGAUCGACCCAUUCGCCAACGACCGCCACUGAGUCUUCUCGACGAUAAUGGUGGUAUCCACUAUCACGUGGAGCGUCUUGUGGGUCAACGUCGUCGCCAAAGUCAAUCCCAGUAUCUUGUGAAGUGGCGGGGAUACCCCCAACUUCAAGAACUUGUGGUAGUGCGUAUUGCCACUUUGGCAAGACUGUUCAGACGUCGUGGAGGCUUAUGA